AUGGAGAAGGGAUACAGCACGGUCACCUUCGACGGGACGCCCAGCUACGGUCACACGCCCUCGCACCACGCGGCACAGUUCCCCAAUCACUCCUUCAAGCACGAGGAUCCCAUGGGCCAGCAGGGCUCGCUGGGUGAACAGCAGUACUCCGUGCCGCCCCCAGUCUACGGCUGCCACACGCCCACCGACAGCUGCACAGGCAGCCAGGCCCUGCUGCUGAGGACGCCCUACAGCAGUGACAAUUUAUACCAAAUGACCUCCCAACUUGAAUGCAUGACCUGGAAUCAGAUGAACUUAGGAGCCACAUUAAAGGGAGUUGCUGCUGGGAGCUCCAGCUCAGUGAAAUGGACAGAAGGGCAGAGCAACCACGGCACGGGGUACGAUAGUGAUAACCACACCACUCCCAUCCUCUGUGGUGCCCAGUACAGGAUACACACCCACGGCGUCUUCAGGGGCAUUCAGGACGUGCGGCGAGUGCCCGGAGUAGCCCCGACUCUUGUUCGGUCGGCAUCUGAGACCAGUGAGAAACGCCCCUUCAUGUGUGCUUAUCCGGGCUGCAAUAAGAGAUAUUUUAAGCUGUCUCACUUACAGAUGCACAGCCGGAAGCACACUGGUGAGAAGCCAUACCAGUGUGACUUCAAGGACUGUGAGCGAAGGUUUUCUCGUUCAGACCAGCUCAAAAGACACCAAAGGAGACACACAGGUGUGAAACCAUUCCAGUGUAAAACUUGUCAGCGAAAGUUCUCCCGGUCUGACCAUCUGAAGACCCACACCAGGACUCAUACAGGUGAAAAGCCCUUCAGCUGUCGGUGGCCCAGUUGUCAGAAAAAGUUUGCCCGGUCAGACGAAUUAGUCCGCCAUCACAACAUGCACCAGAGAAACAUAAGCAAACUCCAGCUGGCGCUUUGA